AAUGAUAGUCUCUGCGGGCGACAUGAUCUUGGAGAAAAGGCGCAGGAGCAGAGAACAAUGGUGAGUUCGUCGCCAUUAGCAGAGGACCCUUCUUCAUCUUCUCCCUUAUUACAUGAAGAUGUUGACACAGUCAAGGCCGCAGUGGGCGGCCGUGGCCGCUCUGCAACUGGGGGGUGGAGUGCCGCCAUUUACAUCAUCUGGGUGGAAGUUGCAGAGAGGUUUGCGUAUAAUGGGGCGUCGUCGAAUAUGAUGACAUAUCUCACUCGCUACCUUCACCAGAGCACUGCCACAGCUGCUAAGAAUGUCAACGUUUGGAAUGGAGUCGCCACCAUCAUCCCGCUCCUCGGUGCCUUCAUCGCCGACUCCUACAUGGGUCGCUACCCCACCAUCAUCGUUUCGUCUUUCAUCUAUGUCAUGGGCUUGUCUAUGCUUACAUUAUCAGCCAUUCUUCCUUCCCUCCGUCCACCAGUGUCCUGUGUCUACAAUGGAGGGAGAUUUUUCUGCCAUUUGCCGUCUGCAGGGCAAGCGGGCUUCUUCUUCACUGCAAUAUACAUGGUGGCACUGGGCCAAGGGGGUCACAAACCCUGUGUUCAAGCAUUUGGGGCCGACCAAUUCGAUGAGGACAAUCAAGAGGAGAGAAUGUGGAAGCAGUCCUUUUUCAAUUGGUGGUACUUUGGGAUAUCAAAUGGGAGUCUUUUGGCAGUUUCAGUGAUGAUGUUUGUGCAAGAUAACAUUGGUUGGGGAUGGGGUUUUGGCAUACCUGCAGUGGCCAUGGCAGCUGGACUUUUGGUUUUUCUAGCAGGUAGGAAGAAGUACAGGCUAAAACAGGUGGGUUUAAGCCCCAUGACUGAGAUUGCACAGGUGUUUGUUGCAGCUGUGAGAAAGCGUAAUGUGUCAUAUUUGGGUGAGACAGAGUCCGAGAUAUUUUGGGCAUCUGGGUCUGCUCUGCCUGGGCCUCUCCGCGCUCGUGGCGACCAAUUCAGAUGGCUGGACAAAGCAGCCAUUCCUGAUGAGCAAGACAGGGCAGUGUCAAAGAAGAACAAGUGGAGACUAUGCAGUGUUCGUCAAGUUGAGGAUGCCAAGCUCUUGCUAAGACUGGUUCCUAUAUGGGCCAGCUGCUUGCUCUACACAAUCGUCUACGCCCAAUCACCCACCUUCUUUACCAAGCAAGGCAUCACUAUGGACCGAAAGCUGGGCUCCACCUUCAUGGUCCCACCCGCCGCUCUCCAAACCUUCAUCAACGUGGUUGCCCUUAUUGUGGUCCCCUUAUAUGACCGCCUUAUUAUCCCCAUGGCGAGAAAAGUCAAAGGGGAUGAAUGCGGAAUAACUACUUUGCAGAGGAUAGGAACUGGCAUCUUUGUUUCAGCAAUUGCAAUGGUGGUGGCUGCCUUAGUGGAAUUGAAGAGGCUUCGAGUUGCUGCUGAUUAUGGGCUUCUUGAUCUCCCUAAUACAACAAUUCCAAUGAGUAUUGUUUGGUUGAUCCCUCAAUAUGUGCUUUUCGGGGUAGCUGAUGUGUUUACAGUGGUGGGAUUGCAGGAGUUUUUCUAUAACCAGAUGCCUAACGAUCUUCGUAGUGUUGGAGCUGCCAUUUAUUUAUGUGUUUUUGGGUUGGGGAGCUUAUUGAGCAGUCUAUUGAUCUCAGUUAUAGAUGGGCUGAGCAGUCUAGGGGGUGGAGAGAGCUGGUUCUCUGAUAAUAUUAACAGGGCGCAUCUUGAUUACUUCUACUCGCUCUUGGCCUUGCUCUGCACCCUUAGUCUCAUCGUGUAUGUGUACUUUGCUCGUAUUUAUGUCUAUAAGCCGCAUUAGAUCCUAUAUAUGUACUGUUAGAGAAGGUUUGCAUUAUUCUCUAUUCAAUGUGGUUUCCAAUGUGGGAUAUGUGGUAAUCCAAUGGGUUACAUGUGGGACAAAGUCGUGUCUUGUGCAGAGGAGUUGAAGUUAUUGUUAGAAGUUAAUAAAGCAUUAACUUCAGUGUUUACAUGAUGAUUCCAACAGCUGAACUCUCUGGUGAAGUAUUGGUGUAGAGUGGAGGCAAGAAGUCAAUUCUUUCAGCCCCUCAUUUGUUGUGUCACCCUUGCUCUCUCAACACCUCCGGGGCUGGAGUUUCCUUAAUGUUGCUUUAUUUGUGAUCUGCUAUUGUUGUUUGUUUUGUUAAGGUGUAUAUAUUUACAAAUUGUGUGAAGAAAAAAAUUGUAUUUGUGUGUACAACUCUAGCGCUGUCAACUGUAGUUCAAUAUAAAUUCUCUAGAAUUUGCUAGAGCUUUCUGAA